CAGUGCAGCAGAAAUCUACAGCUGCGGAGCUAAAAUGGAAUAAAUGUCAGCCUCCGGGGAAAAGUACCAUCCCGUGGGAAAGGAGACAGCCGAAGAACAGCCCUGAGGCAGGUUUCAGAGCCGAGGAAGCAGAGGGCGAGCGGCAGCACCCUGAGAUUGCAGGCAGUGGGCAGAGCCAGCCCUCGGCUCCCUGCAGCCGCAGGUCUGUGCAGAGCUGCCAGAGAUGCAGCGUCAGAGGCGGCUCCCGCUGCUGCCAGAGGGACCGGCGGGGCUCGAGCCGAGCCAGAACCAGGUGUGACCCCGGCAAAGAGGCAGAAAGGACCUUUGGAGAGGCUCGGAGUGCCUUGUCUGCUGGACCGGCAGGACGAUGGAGAGCACGGGAGGGCCGUAUCUGAACACAGCCGCGGUGACCUCCCCGGUGGGCAUAGCUCGACUGCUGCAGAUGACCUUCGGAUGCGCCACCUUCAGCCUGGUGGCUCACCAAGGGGGGUUCAGUGCCGCCUAUGGCACCUUCUGCAUGUUUGUCUGGACCUUCUGCUUCGCCGUCACCGUGUUCAUCAUCGCCUGCGAGUUCACACGCCUGCACAGCUGCCUGAGCCUCUCCUGGGGAAACUUCACGGCUGCUUUUGCCAUGCUGGCCACGCUCAUGUCCAUCACGGCCGCAGUGAUCUACCCGCUCUACUUCGUGCAGGUGGGCUGUUACCCCAUCGGCUGCCAGGUCCGGGAUUUCCGCAUCGCCGCCAGCGUCUUCGCGGGCCUCCUGUUCGUCACCUACGCUGCCGAGGUGUUCUUAACCCGGGCCAAACCGGGACAGGUCACCAGCUACAUGGCCACCAUCUCUGGCCUCUUGAAAAUCGUCCAGGCCUUUGUGGCCUGCAUCAUCUUUGGGGCACUGGUGAAUGACAGCCAGUACGGUAAAUACGUAGCGACGCAGUGGUGUGUGGCUGUCUACAGCUUUUGCUUUGUGGUGACAGUGGUGGUGGUGGCCUUCAGUGUCACAGGUAAGACUGCCUUGCUGUGGUUCCCUUUUGAGCGUUUUGUGGUCAUCUACACCUUUGGGGCAGUGCUGCUCUACGCGAGUGCUGCGGUCAUCUGGCCAGUGUUCUGCUUUGACAGCAAGUAUGGCUCCCCACGACGCCCCGGCCUCUGUGCCAAGGGAAAGUGCCCCUGGGACAGCCAGCUGGUGAUUGCCAUCUUCACCUAUGUCAACCUGCUGCUCUAUGUCUUGGACCUGGCGUACUCCCAGCGCAUCCGUUUUGUCUCACACAUCUGAACCAUGGGCUGGCCUCUGUGGAGGUUGUGUGUGAGUCCCUGCAGGUGCAGAGGGACAGGGCCAGGGGCAGAGAGGUGCUGGGCAGGCAUGCACACACCACCAUCGGCCAAACUUCAAGUGAGGACUGACUACACUAAGAAAUUAAUGACCUGGAGCAGGUGGGCUGCAGCUGACACAGCCCAGCCCACCUCCCCCGUGGUUCUGCCUCACCUGCCAGAGGCCAGCACAAAAGAAUGGCACAGCUCCACAUGCAUCUACAGGCAGCAGGAGUGCUUGUAGCCACAGCAGUGGGGCUGCAGGCUACCAGGUUACUGAGCCAAACAUUAGGAAAGACAUCAAAGAUUUUGAAACUGUUAAACCAGCGCCUAUCGGUAACCAAGUGACUGCUCAGGAAGUGGAAAAGAUAAAAGCUGCAUGAAGGAACACCAGUUCAGGAGAUGAAAAUCAAUCCCUUAGAGUUUGGGUUAGUUUGGACGGUGUUGGGAGAUGUGGAAGGCCUGCAAGUGUGGGCAGUUCCAGUCUGGGUGUUUCUGAGAAGAGCAUCAUAGCCAUAACAGUAUUUUGAAGGUUGCCAGUCUUUUCCCUUCCUCUCCUUUGCUGUCUAGCACAGAAAAGGAAUAUCCUCAAGUGCACACUUUGCAGGAGGCCUAUUUAAUGUAAUACUCCUAUUUAGCAAACACUGAGUCACUACAGAAAUGAAAAUUUGUAAAGUUGGGGCUCUACUGCUGAGAAUCAGGAUGCAGAGCAGAGCCAGCCUGCAAAGUGACUGAGUGUGACCUUGGCACGUGCUCUGUCUUGAUCCAUGGGCCACCAUUUCUUUACACUGGGGUCAAGGUUUUUUUUCUGGAGGCUUGAAGAUAAAUGCUGGGGCAUGGCAAAGGGGAGGCAGAGAUUGACUGAUCUCACAGUGCUGCAUAGGAGACCCAGCCGGGCGGGGAGGGGGCACGGAGAGGACGGGACAUGACAGAACUUGUGCACGGUGCCCCAGAGCAGCUCGGGAUUCCUGAGCACUCUGCAUCACUGGGGAGCCCAAUUUCCCAGACCCACCCCUGACAAAACACCCACUUUAAAGUUCCACACUUCUCAGCUCAGAUUUCAGGCCCCACAGGAAUCUUUAUUUGUUGCAGGGAGAAGCCAGAGUGUCCAAGUGCUUGGGCAGCACAUGCAGACUUGAGUGCUUUGAUUAAAAUCUCCAGUAGCUGCCUGUCAGAAGCAAGAUUUUUUUUUAACCAAAACAAAAUAAAGGUGAAUGACAGAUGUACACU